UGAAAAACGCAACAACGAACCGCGGAUCCGUACGCUGCCAAGUAAAACAUGAACCCCCCGACGGACACAUGGUUCCGUGAGGUGUCCGACGAGUUAUGGCCGGGCCAGUGCUUUUCGCUGAAAGUGAAGAAGGUGCUCCACGAGGAGCGCUCCAAGUUCCAGCACAUCAAGAUCGUGCAAAGUGAAUCUCACGGCGUAGUGCUGAUCUUGGACGGCAUCAUUCAGUGUACGGAACGGGAUGAGUUUGCCUACCAGGAGAUGAUCUCGUUUUUGCCCCUCUGCUGCCACCCGAACCCGCAGCGGGUACUGAUCGUUGGCGGUGGCGACGGAGGAGUGGCCCGCGAGGUGGUCAAACAUCCUUCGGUGACGGAAGUGCACCAGGUCGAGAUCGACGACCGGGUGGUGGCGCUCUCGCAGCAGUACCUCCCGUUCAUGGCCUGCGGGUUCCAGUCACCGAAGCUGCAACUGACGAUCGGUGACGGGUUCGAGUACAUGAAGCAGCACGAGGGCGCGUUCGACGUAAUCAUCACCGAUUCGAGCGAUCCGAUCGGGCCGGCCGAAUCACUGUUCCGCGAGUCGUACUUCGAGCUCGCCAAACGGGCACUCCGGCCGAACGGAAUCAUCUGCUCGCAGGGCGGUAGUUUCUGGCUCGAUGCGGAACACGUCCGCGCGACCCUCGACUACUGCCGCAAGCAUUUCCCGCGCGUCACCUACGGCCUGGCGGCGGUUCCUUCGUAUCCGACCGGUCAGAUCGGUUUCUUCAUCGCCAGCCUUAACCCGGAAUCCCAGUUUGUGGAACCGAGCCGAACGUUCACCGUGGAGGAAGUGGACAGGCUUGGGCUGCGCUACUACACAACGGAUGUCCACCGGGCCGCCUUCACGUUGCCACGGUUCGCGGCGAAGGCACUGCACGAGUAACGGCAGGUGGGUUCCGCUCCGUCAUUCCAGUUUUUAUUUUGAGUAUCUUUUGCCACGCUGUCAAAGAUGUGGCCCCGGUUUUAUGGGUGUCGUUACGAAGUAAUAAAUGUUGUUUACUGUUCUUUACCUUUA